CUUCCACUUCACAUAAUCCCCCAGCCCUCCUCUCCUCUCUCUAAUUAUACUCUUCUAUUUAUCUUCAUUUUCACAGUCCCAAUCAAGAAGAAUAGGAAUAUUGGUACAAAAACACACACAAACAAAUCAUUAAGUAGUAAUUGUGGUGAUGAGGAAGCCUGAGCAUAAUGUGGUGAUGGUGAAGGAGAAAGUGAGCAAUGUGAAGGCGAAGCUGAGGAAGGGGCUGUGGUCGCCCGAGGAGGAUGAGAAGCUGAUGAAUUACAUGGUGACGAACGGGCAAGGGUGUUGGAGCGACAUUGCCAGAAACGCGGGGCUGCAGCGCUGUGGGAAGAGCUGCCGCCUGCGUUGGAUCAACUAUCUGCGCCCGGAUCUUAAGCGCGGCGCCUUCUCCCCUCAGGAGGAGCAUCUCAUCAUCCACUUGCAUUCCAUUCUUGGCAACAGGUGGUCUCAAAUCGCAGCACGUCUUCCUGGAAGGACAGACAACGAGAUCAAGAACUUCUGGAACUCAACAAUCAAAAAGAGGUUAAAGAAUGCCGGCACCACCACCACCACCACCGCCUCAUUGUCUCCGAACAACAGCGACUCCUCGGACCACCACCCCCUCAAGGCCGGAGGGGCCACUGUGUUCAUGCAAGAGUACGAGGUAGCCGGCGUCUGCAUGGACUCCUCAUCUUCGUCGUGCUCGUCCCUGGCCACCCAAUUCGGCAACCCUUUCAUCCCUCUCAUGGAUCAUCACCAGCACAACAACAUAUUCAACGUAAACAGCGUCGUUCCAAUGUUCAAUUUGGGGCAUGAGGUUGGUGUGGAAACCCUAGGGGGGGCUUUGGGGGACUAUGGGGCAAUGGAGCCCUAUGUGUUGGGAUUGGAAAAUGACCUUUCUGUCCCUGGAUUGGAAGUUAACAACAACACUACUUCCAAUUAUGACAAGAACAUUAGUGUCAACGAUGCCCAUUAUCUUAGUAACAAUAAUAAUAAUAAUGAUCAUGGAAGCAUCAAAGUAGAGGAAUUGGUUGGGGUUGGGAAUCAUUGGCAAGGAGAAACCUUCAAAAUGGGAGAAUUGGAUUGGGAGGGUUUGUUGGCUAAUGUCUCCUCCUUACCUUACCUUGAUUUCCAUCUUCAAUAAUCCACCCACUUUCAAAUUCAUACCUUCAAUUAUCUACCCAAAUCUCUUCUUGUUUGUUUUUUGUUGAUCAAUAAAUCCCUUACAGGCAAAAGUGGGUAGCUAGGAUUGAGACACGUCACUCUCCGGGAGAUCAACGUCUUUCUGCGAAGCAAAUGUGAAUAGUCAAAAUGGAUUUGUCAGACGUUAAAUAACGAAAUAGUACUUAAUAAUAAAGGAUAUAAUAUAGCAGUCGUCUUUUCGAAUUUAUGUGUAUUCUUAGCAUUUUGUAUAGAUGGAUCAAUAAUUUGUUAGCAUGUAUGUUACUAUAUUCCUGAGAUUGCUUUUAGUUGCUAGCAUAGCUUCCUCAAAAGUUGUAACUAGUGUAUUUUUUUUGCUUUCAGUGUUUAUCUAUGAAGACAUCAUUUCAUGUUUA